AUGUACUCGCUGCAAGUCAAGUCGAGGCUGAGCAACAGUAGCAGCUCCAGCAACGGGUCCAAGUCGAUCCAACUCGAGGGGACGUCCGGACGUCACGACGAGUCGUCCGUCCAUUACGACAACGACGAUGACUUGUUGGAGGACGAGGAAAACUACCAUGACUCGGGCCGACCGCUGACGCCGCAGUCGUGGGUCCAAAAGAUAGGAUCUGCUAUGUUUCAAAAGAUCAAGAUUGCCCCCAGCACCGAGUCCCCCGUGAUUGUGGUCAAGCCAGCCCCACCCGUACAAGCAACAUCACCGGCGUCGCAGUAUUCGUCCACUCGUUCGACUCCCACUCCACCCCGCCCCUCGAAAUUCCAACUCCAAAUUGACACAGAUCCCGUCGUCGAGACAAGGAUAGCCAUGCCCUCCGCAUCUGCCUUCGACGAGCCAGCAGGUGCUCCAUCACAUCCGCGGGGGUCGUUUGGACAACACCCCAUCGACUUCAUUAAAGUGUACUGCAGCCCGAAACGACAGAACCAAUCUCCAAAGAUUCAGCCGCAGCGGAAUACCCCGGCUGCCUCCACGCCCCCCCGUCGAGCUGAUGUCAAGCCCUCCGUUAGCCAACACGAUCAUGAUGACGACCUCGAUGUGUCUCCCUCAAAACGCCCUGAAGUCCGGGGAGACGUCGUUCCCGUGCUCCAGAGUUUCUUUGCCCGCCCAAUGCCUUCCAAAGACAGGAAGACGUCGGUCCACACAAUCGACAAGAUGAUUCACCGUCAGGAACAGUACAAGCGAGACUUGGCACGCCAAGACCAGCUCCGCGCGUCUGCCGCGUUGUCAGCCCACAACCGCACCGCCCAACCAAACGAUGACACAGCGCAAUGCAAGCGGGAAGUGCUUCGAAAGCAUGCGCGAUCUCUCAAGCGGCAGCGGAUGGCCGACAUUGCUGCCGCCAAGCAAAUACUGCAAACACGGGACGAACAAAAUCGACGGUAUUUUAGAGACGCUCGCGAAUCAUGGGAAGGCGCAUUUGAGGACGAGGUAGCGGCGCUCGCGGGGGCGUUUGCCAAGGCAAGUUGCCGCCACGCGAACGACCUCCGGCCAAUGACGACGGCGGGUCUUGUCGUCCCAGAAGCGCAAAGUCAAGUCGAACGGGACAAAGUGCUGCUCCAGCAACGGGCUCAGACGGCUCCAACCAAGCAAGUCCAGGUGACUUACAACCACACGAGGUCUGCGUCACCCGUGGUGGAAACCACCGAAGAAGGCGACGACUCGAGUCCAGGCACGUCCCACCAAGCACAAGAGGUGGGUUGUGCCAGCGGCUACGACUGGCUCGAGCGAUCGCAUGCAGUGGAAAUGACAGGUCCGGACCAAGACAUUGAUGGGAGGAUGUGCCACGGCAAACGAGACAGACUUGAUGGAGAGGCUGGAACAGUAUUCGACAUCUCUCGACCAGCGAUGAACGACACCACGCCAGGAUAG